AUGGCACCAGUAACUCUGCCUCCAGUAACUCCGCCUGCACUAACUCUGCCUCCAGUAACUCCACCUCAAGUUACUCUGCCUCCAGUAACUCCGCCUCCAGUAACCCCAUCUUCAGUAACUCCGCAUCCAGUAACUUCGUCUCAAGAAACUCUGCCUUCAGUAACUCCACCUCCAGUAACCCUACCUCAAGUAACUCUGCCUCCAGUAACUCAGCCUCUAGUAACUCCACCUCCUGUAACUCUGCCUCCAGUUAAUCCGCCUCCAGUAACUCCACCUUCUGUAACUCUGCCUCCAGUAACUCCACCUCCAUUAACUCCUCCUCAAGUAACUCUGCCUCCAGUAACUCCACCUCCUGUAACUCUGCCUCCAGUAACUCAGCCUCCAGUAACUCCGCCUCCAGUAACUCCGCCUCCUGUAACUCUGCCUCCAUUAACUCCUCCUCAAGUAACUCUGCCUCCAGUAACUCCACCUCCUGUAACUCUGCUUCCAGUAACUCCGCCUUCAGUUACUCCACCUCCAGUAACUCCGCCUCCAGUAACCCCAUCUUCAGUAACUCCGCAUCCAGUAACUUCGUCUCAAGAAACUCUGCCUUCAGUAACUCCACCUCCAGUAACCCUACCUCAAGUAACUCUGCCUCCAGUAACUCAGCCUCUAGUAACUCCACCUCCUGUAACUCUGCCUCCAGUUAAUCCGCCUCCAGUUAAUCCGCCUUCUGUAACUCUGCCUCCAGUAACUCCACCUCCAUUAACUCCUCCUCAAGUAACUCUGCCUCCAGUAACUCCACCUCCUGUAACUCUGCCUCCAGUAACUCCGCCUCCAGUAACUCCGCCUCCUGUAACUCUGCCUCCAGUAACUCCACCUCCAUUAACUCCUCCUCAAGUAACUCUGCCUCCAGUAACUCCACCUCCUGUAACUCUGCUUCCAGUAACUCCGCCUUCAGUUACUCCACCUCCAGUAACUCCAUCUCAAGAAACUCUGCCUCCAGUAACUAUGCCUUCAGUAACUCCACCUCCAGUAACCCCAUUUCCAGUAACUCGUUUGAUUACUAACGUUUGA